GUGCUGUUGGGGUUGAUGGCGCGGUCGGUGGUUGUGGUAAGAGGUGGCCAUACAAAUAGUAUCGGGUCAAAGACAUCGCGAAGUGCAUCGCAUCGCGUCAUGGUGAUGUCGCAUUUGAUCAAAGCGGCGCCGUUUAGGGGUUUGUGCGGCUUCCAGUAUGCGAUAGGAAGGAAGGAACGGCCGUCCCACCCCAAUCAGCGAGCCGUCUGCUCAGGUAGCCACAAACUCCCGUCUCUCGGAAUUUUCCUGGCAACAACUGCCUACCGACGCAUGUCCGACCAACCGAAGGGUCUGAAGUCGCGACGCCUUCACAGUACGGCACGCAAGCAACAUCUAUCGGCGCAGAAGCCGGAGUCUUAG